UUCUUUUUUUUUUUAUAUAAAACAUUCAUGGGAUAUCCAACAUCCAUUGGAUUCUACGUACCAGACUGGAAUGGUUUGACAAUUACUUCACUGAUAUUUGGACUUUUAUUGUCUAUCAGUGCCAUUGCAACAUCCUUCACUGACACAACACCUUAUUCAAAAUUUGGAAAUCGACCCAAACUUGACACAAUCCCAAGUAAAAAAGCCAUGCUAUUGAUUUACGUUCCCAGCGUCCUCGCUUGUUUCUGCAUUCAACCACGCAUUUCAUUUACCACCCAUUUUGACCUUGUCCAUGCGCUAGUCACCAUGCAUUUUGUUAAACGUGUACUUGAAGUGUUAUUUGUUCAUCUAUACAAGAGUAAAACUAGUUUUGAAACAGUGAUUCCAAUUAUGGUAACCUAUGCCAUGACAACGGUGCUUGAUUUACUCAUUGUGCGUCGUAUGCCUCAAGGCGUGUUCUCCGAAAAAUGGACACAGUAUGGUGCUCUACUUGUCAUUGCGGGAGAGUUAGUGAGUGUUUACCAUCAUGUACUUUUACGUCAGUUACGUACCUCACCACACAUUAGCAAGAAAAACUAUCAACUUCCUCAAGGUGGAUUAUUUAAUUAUAUCGUUGCCCCGCAUUAUUUGGCAGAACAAGUUGUGUUUUUAGGGUUUAUUUUGCUUAGUCAAAAUAUCGUGACCGUGGCACUCAAGUUAUUCCCUUUCAUCUAUUUGACCGAUCGUGCCCGAAAAACUCGUGCAUGGUAUAACCUGAAUCUGGUGGACCGUCAAAGUAAGAAGGACUUGCAACAGCGCAAGAAUUUAAUUCCCUUCAUUUGGUAGAGAAUUUUCAACUCUAUCUUUGUUUUUGUUAUUGCUUUCCCUUAUAGAAUUCACUUUUUUUUUUUUUAAAAAAAAAC